CCCCCACACCGCCCCCUGGCCCGGCAAUCAUCACAACCGGCAAGCACAAGACGGGUGUGCCGCCCCAAAUUUCAAAAUCCAACCGUUGAGUAACGGCUACAUUAUUAAAAAAAAAAAUCAAUUUCCUUUUAAAUAAAUACCAUAAUCCCAAUCCAUUUUAUACCAUUUUCUCUCAUUCUACUCCCAUUCUUCUCCAUUUCUCAUCCUUUUUUAUAAAAAAUACUCUAUAUUUUUUAUACCAUUCUCUACCAAACAUGAAUCCAUUCAACCCAAACAACCCCAACCCAAACAACCCCAACCCGAAUAAUCCCAAUCCGAACCAACCUAAUUUUUUUUCGAGUCCCGCUUACACUCCGACUAUGGAUCCUUCGUGGGGGACUUCGCAAUUUCCGUUUUCGGGUUUCCAACAAGUUCAACAAACACCCAACGCCUUCUCACAAAUGUCUCAACUUCAACAAGUUCAACAAUAUCAAGCGCUCCAACAAUUCAUGCAACGCAACACGUUUGAACAACUCCAAUCGCAAUCGCAACCCCCGGUUCAACUUGAAGAUGAUGAUGAAGAAGUCGUCCCCGAAUCACCACCGCAAGAGCUCACGCGAAAAAAAAACAAGGGGAAGGGAAAGAAGGUUGUUGAACCCGAAACCGCGGAAAAACCGAAACGAAGUGGGAGACCUUGGACGAAAGUAGAAGAGGAGGCGCUAGCUAUGGCGUAUGUUAAGGCUUCUACUUGCCCGAUAGUCGGAAACAACCAAUCGGGUACUAGUUUUUGGAGGAAGACAACGGAGAGAUUUAACGCGAUUAUGGAGCAUGGUCCGGCUCGUGAUAUCGAAUCCGUCUCGGCCAAGUGGCGAAAAAUGAUCAAGGUCGUCAACGCCUUUAAUCAAAUUUAUAACCAAAUUUACCUUAAUCCUCCAAGCGGGAGUAACGAGGCGGACAUUCUUAACCUUGCUAUCGCCAAGUGGGACUCUGAAAAUUCAACGCCUUUCCCGCACUUCCGAGCAUGGAAAGUUGUAAGUAAAGAACAAAAAUGGAAGCCGAUUCCAAAUGAGGUCGCAACGGCCAAACGCACUAAAACUUCCGAGUCCGGAAGUUAUAGUGCGGGAGGCUCCACCGCUCGAUGUCAAAUCGACAUAAACGACGACCCGGAAGAUGACGAGGAUGUCUUGCCCGUUCACGAGUCGGAACGUCCCCCCGGGAGGGACAAAGCAAAAAAAGAAGCGGCCGGAAAGCGAAAAGUGGCCGGCUCGAGUGGAGGUGGCGGCUCGAGUGGAGGUAGGGGCGAAAAGGCAUCGUCAAAAAUGGACGACUUGAUAAACGAAUUCCGUUCGUUCAAACAGUUCGCGGCCGAAAAGUAUUCUCACAAGAAAAACGUGUCGUCCGACUAUGCUCGAGCGGAAGAUUUUAGGAUUAUGCGAUUGGAUCUCGACUCGGUUCCGGAGGAUGAACGCGAGGUUUAUCGGAGGAUGAAAGAAGAGGUGAAAAAAAAAUGGACGUCGUAG